AUUUGUAGAAGGAAAUUUAACAAACAUGUCUGGUGGCGUUAAAGUCAGUGAAAAAGCAUCAGGAGUGAAGACAGAGGAUGUGUUACAGGCCGCAAAGAAAAUGAUGGGGAGGGAGUUCCAGCAUGUGCUGGCUGCCCUCCUCAAAAUCCUCCCCGACUAUGAGGAAAUGCUGGUAGAAAACCUUGUUAGACCAUUUAUUCUUAAAGAUGAAGACUACAAGCACCUCAUGGAUAUCAUGUUACAAGAAUUUAACAAGGGAUUGGGCAGUAAAACAAACCCCACAGCCAAGGUCAAAAUGUACCCCACAUAUGUCAGGGACGUCCCUGAUGGUUCAGAGGAUGGAAAUUACCUAGCACUGGACUUGGGGGGUACAAACUUCCGUGUGUUGUUGAUUAACCUUAAUGGUCAGGAAGUGACCAUGGAAAGCAAAAUCUACCUAAUACCCCAACACAUUAUGACAGGCACCGGUGUACAGCUAUUUGAUCAUAUCGCAGAAUGUAUCUACAAAUUUAUGAAGAACCACAAUCUCCUUGAUCAAAAGAUCCCCCUGGGUUUUACUUUCUCCUUUCCCUGUAAACAGAUGGGUUUGAACCACGCCGUUCUGACGCAGUGGACAAAAGGCUUCAAGUGUGAGGGAGUGGAAGGUGAAGACGUUGUCAGACUUCUACAUGAGGCCAUCAAAAGGAGAGGGGAUUUAGAUGUGGAAUGUUUAGCUGUGAUAAAUGACACGGUGGGGGCUCUAAUGUCCUGUGCCCACAGUGACAGAGAGUGUGCAAUAGGACUUAUUUUAGGUACGGGAACCAAUGCCUGUUAUAUAGAGAAACUAGAGAAUGUGGAAUUAUGGGAUGGGGAUGAUAAAGAACCCAGACAGGUAAUGAUCAAUACAGAAUGGGGAGCACUAGGAGAUGAUGGGUGUCUAGACUUCAUCAAAACCGAAUACGACAAACAAGUAGACAAACACUCCAUCAACCCAGGCAGGCAAACAUAUGAGAAAAUGAUCUCUGGUAUGUACAUGGGAGAAAUUGUGAGACUCGCAUUAGAGAAACUACGAAAGAGUGAUCUUUUAUUUAAUGGAAAAGGAUCUGAAGAAUUAUCCACCAGGGGGCGCUUUUACACCAAAUAUGUUUCAGAAAUUGAAAGUGAUGUAGAUGAUCACUUUAAGAACACCAAACAAGUGUUUGACGAGUUAGGACUAGAGAAAUAUUCUGAUGAAGACUGUAGAAUUGCACAGUACGUCUGUUCUCUAGUGUCAACAAGGGCAGCCUUCCUAGCAUCUGCUGGUGUUGCUACUCUUUUGAACAAAAUGGGUCGACAGGAUGUAACCGUGGCUGUCGAUGGUUCCUUGUAUCGCUUCCAUCCUCAUUUCCAUGAUCUCAUGGUAGAAAAGAUUGAGCAACUCGUCGAUCCAGGAAUCAAGUUCAAACUGAUGUUGUCACAUGAUGGAAGUGGAAAAGGGGCAGCCAUUGUAACAGCUGUGGCUAAGAGACUACGAGAAGCCAGUAAAAGCAGUAUAGGAGAAAAUGAAAUAGAAAACUGAACAUUUCAUCUCUGUUACCCUUGCAAUACUUAAAAUACAAACCAAAAUCAAACAUUACAGGUUUCCAUGGUAGCAUUUUUUCCUGCGAAUUGAUCGUAGGAAAUGGAACGCUUCCCAUCAUUCUAAAUCUCAAAUGACCCUGGUCAUGUCAAGAAGUUUUGUCAAAGGGUAGACUCGCUUUCAUAAUUAGAAUUAUAAGGUACCCAUGCAAGGCAAUUAUUUUCUGGAACUGUAAAGAUAAAUUUUUUAUAGAAAAAUCAGCGAAUUUUUAUAUUAGCUGGUAGUGUUAGCUAUUUAAUGGGGAUAUGUUCUGUGCUUUCAGAUCUCAGCUGUUAUGCAAAAAAUGAAAUACAGUUGCUUGUAUGAGCAGUGUACUUAAAUCGGGAUUAAGAAAAGCAUAAUAUGAUUUGCUUUAGUUUGUGAACAGCUAAACCAAACUUUUUUUUCCAAAUGGAAGUGUUUACAGUAUGUUUUUACUUUCAACCACAAUUCUGUGUUAUUUAUAUUUUUUAUGCCAUCUUUUUGUUCAACCAUUGCUAUACAUGUAUUUCAUGAUUUUGAAAAAAAAAAUUAUAGAUUUACACUUGCUGCUUUUAGUUAGAUUACAAUAUUAUUUGUACUAGAUUAAAAAAGGGACACAUGCUUAUCACAAAUGGAGAGAUAAAGAAAAUGUCCUGUGGAAAAAAACAAAACAAAAAAAAACACAAGUGUUUGCUACAUGUACGUGACAUUUGUAUUAGAAUUAUAGAAAGGAACUAGCUUUCUACUCAGUCUGAACUUGAGCCUACUAGGUUAGAAGUCAAGGAAAGUCUUACGACUCAAUGCCAUUCAACUCAUUCAGUCUUUGUUGACACUAUUUUUAUGUGUUAAAUAUUUCAUGUCAUGUCUGUGCUUCUAAAUUAAUGCAUAUAAAAUUAGAAAAUGAUGUUUUUUCUUUUUGUUUUUAAAUUUUUGGCCAGAGUGCUUUCGUUUCUUCCAUAACUGGUGUGCUUUUACUGUAAAUAUUAAUAGUAAUCUGAGAGGGUGUCCUGGUGUUAUUUAGCUGUUAUGACACCAUUUAUUGGUCCAUUGUACUGUUUUCAACCCACAGCCUUCUACAAAAAUUAGGACUUUAUCUUCAUUUGGGGCAUUCGAUAUUGUAAAGUUUUUUAUUAUGAAAAAAAAAAAGAUGUCUGUACAGAUUUGAAAUCUGUUCAUUUCUCAAAAGAACAAAAUAUAAUCAAUGAAAUCGAUUUUUUUCUUUACCAAACUUUCAUGAGACUUCAACAAUUUCAAAUACUAUAUUUUUACAAACUGUUAAAUAUAUGUGAUGUAUGAUAUAUUUUAUCUAUGAUUUUGUUAAUUGCCCCCCUUUCCAGGUUUCUAAGACAGAACUGUUACUGAUUAAUUUUCACUUCUUCAUGCCUCCUGUGUGUUCAUUGGUUCAAGUCAUCUGAUGUCUAUGGUGGCUUAUUGUUAAUUUAACAUAAAGCAUUUUGAAUAAACAGAAAUAUUGAAUCUCAA